UGAGUUCAGUGUUUUGCCGACCGUGAAAUCGAAAACAAAACAAAGUGAUAUCGUUGAUGGAGCUGUCUGAAAUUAUUUGAAAAAUUAGUCAUAGAACAUUUCGAAUUGCUAUUAUUACGUUCUGUUACAGUUCAGUUACGAAAUAUCGAUUAGAAAAGAAAGCUAGUGAUCGUCGGAAUGAUAUAUGAGUUGAAGUUACAUACAAACUGCGAUUUGUUUAUUUGUCUCGAGUGACUUCGUUUUUGCUCUUUCUUCAUGGUUGCAAAUUUGCUAGAAGAAAAUCAAAACAAAAGGUUUUGUGGUCAUAUCGUUCGAGUUAGGAUAGAGCAUUGCUUUGCAAUAAGCAACUGAGACGCUCUCGUGUUUAGCGGGUAGUUUCGGAGAAUACAUUUUUAAGGCUUUAAUCAAAUCAUUGAAUAUGGCGACCCUAGAGAAACCUAAGACAAAGAAAAAAUCCAAACAUGUGCCACUCGUUUUGCCGGAUGUUCCCGUGGAUGAUCUUCUGGAGUUGGACGAGUCGCCCGAUCCGCUGUCCACGGUUGACAUAGACUUUCCCAGCACUUCAACCUCGGAUGAAGCACCAGUCAUCCAGCUGAGCGAUGAGAAAGAUCCGACAGACUUUGAAAAAUCGCCCCAUCCGGAAACGAAAUGGCAGGAAGAAGAACUGUCGGCUGAGGCGACUGCACCAUCAGCGCCUCCAAUGAUGAUGCAAUCCAAUGAAACUGUGGCGCAAACUGUUCAAGCACCUCUCUAUCCGGAUUUAACCGCUUUGCGGUUUACCGAGCAGCCAUCCGCUGGGUUGAAUGUAACCCAAAGCACGGAGGCGAUAGAGCCAUUCACGCGAGACCAGCUGGCCAUGUUCUACCGGUUGGACGACCAGCUCCGCUCGGCGGAGGCUUUCGAACAGGAAUUCAUCGGUCGCGAGCUGGAGCCCAACAGCCUCUGCAUGAAUCAUCCAUUGUAUCAACUGUUGCAGCGAUAUGCGAAAGCCCGAGCUGACUUGAAUCUGAAUCAGCUGGAACUGGAUGCGCUUCGCCGGAAGUGCAAGGAAUUGGCUGCGGAACUGUGGACCUUGAAGGAACAGACAUUUUACGCAUCAGGCAAAUGUCGUGACGGAACUGUGCUGCGUACCAGUUGUCAAGCCACGGUCGCAAGUCUCCAACAGACACCGCUGUUCGAUUUAACCACGAAUCUCAACGAUCUCAUGAAGCAAUCCUGCGUGCAAGCCAACCAGUGCACUUAUGAAGUGGAAGCCACCCGUGCUAAAAUCCAGCAAAAAAUUUUCGAAACCCUAAAUCUUCACCCGCUGCUGUCGAACCUGUCUGCAGCUGCACCCGUUGUGCUCAAUGAAAGUUCCGAUCCCAGCUUACUUCCCGGGGCGAUCGGCGAGUUGCGACUGUGCAUAUCAAUUCUUUUCAGCUUCCUCCGGAAAGGCAUCACCGAUCGGCGCUUUCUGGCGGACGUGAAAACCUGGACGGGAAUCCUAGUGGCCACGCAGUUACGCAUUGCGACGGCCCACGAUCAUCUGUUCGUGCUGUUUCACGUGCUCCGAAGUCCCAGCGGUAUAGCCGACUGGGCAAGUCCGCUGGUUCAGCUGCCCACCGGGGAUGGGUUCGUGUGGGACAGUGCCGAGUUCCAGCACGCUCUGGUGGCGUUGGCAUCGAUUCUGCUGCCCAUCAAGAAGCGGAGUGAAUUUUUGCAGAAAUUAAAACUGGACAUGAAUCGCUCGAUCGACGUUGUGCAGGAGGAAAUGUGGGCAAUCGUGGACAGCGACGGGGAGGAUUACUCCGAGUCGGAAUCGGUUCCCGAUUUGAAGGAGGCCGACCUCGUGGCGCUGAUCGAUCAAGUUCCGUUUGGGUGUGUGUACAAAGUGAUCAGCCUAGUCGAUCGAAGACUGGAUGGUAGUUUUAGGAUGAAUGAGGACGAUCUAAGUGGAAGGUAUCUGCUGAAGGUGAUUGCGUUUGGUACGACUCUGGUCGAGCUGCUCGGCAAUGGUUUGAUUACGUAUAACACCGAACGGUACCGACAGUUCGUGAAAAGAUUGGCAAGAUUGAUCAAACACACGGUUUUCUACGUAAGUGAUCUUUAUCGACUACUGUCGGAACGAUUAACGAGCGGAGAAGCAGUGUUGGAUCCAUAUCAGACGGCAAGGAUAAGCCUGGAAUUCGACGUGUUUGUCGUUCGAUCCGCACAGUUUAUCUACCGAUCGCGGGAGAUCGGGACGUGGCAAUAUCUGACCGGACUUCCCUUCGAUCAGCUCAGUGUUAAGGCGCUCUGGAAGCUCUACUAUUGCCUCCACAUGAACGAAUUCAGCGAAGAACUAAUCUCCGACGUGGAAAGCGAUUUCCGAACAAAGUGUAUAGGGGACGAUCGACGGGACAAGUUCAGAAAUAGCUUGUUCGAGAUGCCGUCGGAAGAUUUGUAUUAUUUGCUGCAAGUGUUUUCAAGUAUGGCACUUGCGAGGGAAUCAUCCGAUAUCGAAUUUGUGGAAGCCGUGACACUCAAUUUGUUCGAUAUUGGCUAUCUCAACGAAUACACCAAAGACUUCUGCUACAAGGCAGUCAAAGAUCUGCUCCUCAACAUAGUUACCAAAUAUCCUUCGCUUGUGACGAAUUUACUCCAAUCGUUGAAACAAGAUGUCGGCUCUGCCGACCAGUCUGCGAUGUACAUCUUCAAAUCGCUCCCUCUCGCUAUGUGGCGACCUCAGUGGGAUGACUUCGAGCUGCUCGCCAAUUGGCUUCUGAAUUUUGGUUUCGAUUCGAUUCAGAGCUCCACGGCGAGGGUGAUUCUAAUCCAUCUGAAUUACAACUUUGAUCACAUUCGCAGGAACCAAGAGCUGUUUCUCCCGCACCACAUCCACGUUCGAAUCGCCUGCCUCGUCAUGGAAGUCUACACAAAACACGUUCCGGAAGCGCUGGGCAGCACCCAAAGCUUCACCGCCUCUGUCGGGAGUCUCGUGAAGAGUCGGGUCGCCCAGGAGCAAUUUUUGACCUGGUGUUGGAACGUGGUGGGACUCCUGCGGCUGCACUGUAUGGACCAGAGUGCGGAAACGAUCACGAACUUGCUUCGAAAUCCCACCUUGAUUCUGCGCCAAGUUCCCGAACUGGAACGGGCAGCCCAGAUCUAUCAAGGGGUAACGGAAGGCCGGCCAAUCGCCUUCUAUCUGGCGAUUCUAAUCGGCACCGGUGGCCAUUCGGUGCCAGAAAUCUGUCACAAGGGGUUGAAGCAAAUCCGCGCACUAUUGGAUGAUCACCGUUACACGAUUGUGGUGCGCUGUUUACAGCUGAUAGUACCUCUUUUCCUGGAAUGUCCCGACAGCUUGAGUCGGUGCGAUGCGUUCAAAUCGAUUCUGCAGACGCUGCUCGCCGCGGAUAGAACUUAUGCACGACUAUCGAAGGAUCAAUUUCGGCCGGAAUCGAGCGCGCCUGUAGCGGAAAUGCUUCGAUGCAUGAUUUUGGCCCAAAUCACAAACUACGUGCGGUACGGGUUGAGCUCACCUACGCUGUUGGUUAACGUUUGGUUGCUUUGUUUAAUCGAGCUGCCCAACUGGACGAAGGACCCGGCGGUCAUUGGUCUAAUGGAUGCUAUGCUAGGGGUGGCAUAUCAAUUUCCCGACUGCUGGCAUUCCGCGAAAGAAAUUUUCCGGCCAUACUAUGCGCGCUUCGAAGACAUUAAAGCCUCCAAGCCCACUGGAUUGCUGAACCUUCUCGCAGCGAGUCCAUCCGACUUGUUUAGUUGCCCUUCUCCGACAGCGGUAUUCCUCUCGCUGUUCACCCUCGAGCAGGAGUACGAAAUCACCGAAAUCCAAACAAGCAUCUGGCACGAAAUUCUACGCACUCUCGGGCGGAGUGGCGAAUCGAAAAUAUCCUUAGAAAACGCGGUGAAAAAAUCCACGUCAAUCAUGGGUUAUCCCUCCUUCCCGGCAAGCUCGCUUACACUGUUCAAACUUGCCAAUCUGAUUGCGAACUGUUCGAUAAAGCACUACAUGUACCCAAUCGUCUGUCAGCUGUUCUUCACCAUUUACCUCUCACGGGUACCAAUGGCUCAUGACGAGGAGCGUUUCGCUCACUGCUACGCAGUGGCCGAUCGUUUCUACGAGUACAACGUCGGUUUGAUGAAGCGCAUCAAGAAGCAGUUGUACGACGCGGACUGCUAUUAUAGUGCCGCUUCCAUUGGUGAAACCAACGAAAGACAACUGUCGCUCUCCAAUCACUGCGCGCGUUUGUUCAAAACCCUGCAGCUCUGGCUGGAAGACACCCAGUUGAACAAGAUCCGAACCCAAUCAAUCGAUCUACCGCCUCAGUUUGAUCCGCACCGGUUGGCCUCGGUUUUCCAAGGAAAUCGCGACCAUUGGACGGAAUUUAUCGAUCUGCGCAGUAUCCGGAACGAACAUCGAGAGUUGGCCAACAGCUGGUUGAAGCUUUGUUUCCGCUACGAAAGUGCACCGACGGCAACAAUCUCUCCCGCGCGCUCCCUUAAACCGAGCCAAAGUGCCAUCGAUAUAACCGAUCCUAAGCAAGCGAUUUUUAAACGGCUAGAAGCUUACGACGCUCCAAAACCUCCACCGCCAGUGUCGAGAAUCGCUCCUGUCGUGAAGUCCAUUAAUUUCGCCACCGAAUCCAGUGGUUCUCUCGUUUCCACACUAAAGUCCGACUUCUCCAUCCUGGAGAGCUACGCCAGGAAGGAGUUCCACGUGAUCUACAACGAACAUCAACUGCUGGACUCCACCUAUCUGGAAACCGCCCAGAAACUCUACAUCAACGAGGACAAGGUGUACCAUAGGAGCAUUCAGUGCUCGAAUAGCUGCAAUGGUGCGGCGGAUUUCGCGAUCCGCUACAAAUCGGCCAAGCUGGACAAGAACGUGAGUGCCAUGCUGGCAGAUAACCGCAACGCUCACGAUGCACUCGUCAAACGGGAGAGAACAAUUUCCGACCACGUCGUGAGGGCGUCCGUGCGGAUUGAUGCCUUCCUGCGGCAACUCGUCGAAAUGUAUCAGGAGCUGAAGGGCCGUAAAAUGCAGACCACUUGUGAUGGCCUCAAAAGGGUGGGGACGUCACUGUUCUAUCUGUUCGUGGACAUGACCAACGAUUACAACCAGCUGUGUCCGGUGACGAAGGACGUCUGCUCGCUCGGGAUUAGCCAACUUGGGUUUUUCGUGAUAGAGGACCAAAAUAAGGAGGGAAUAAAGCUGCUGACGAUCGCACUGAAGCGCACGGAUCUGAUCAACAUGAUUAGCGAGCUGCUGGUUCCGUCGAAAUGCCCUCCGCAGUACUUCCUGGCAAUGUAUGGUUUUAUAAUCGAUUCGCACAUCAAGAAGUGUGACACGCACAUCCUGUUUGUGUUGUUGUCCAAAUUCGAUAUCGUCGCCUGGAUGGAUCGAUAUCGGCCGAAGCUGGUGGACAUUAACCAGCUGGUUGGGCUUAUUCUGCGAGGCUUGGAGGGAUGGAAUCAGCAGAACGCGGUUAUGAUUCAAGACCUCCUACAGCGACACUUGACACAUCUGUUCGAGUACGACUUUCCGGAGCACUAUGGGGAUAUCCUGCAGAUGACCCUGGCAGCAUGCUCGAAGAAAAAGAUCAAACCACUGGUCCUACUGGAUCUGGUUAACUCGAUGCGACGCAAGGUUGGCUGCCAACCGCUAGCUUGCGGGCUGGGUCUGGUAGCGAUAAAGGAAGAGUUUCGCAGCUUCGCCACGCAGCAGAGCAUUCUCUCCUAUAAGGACAUAAUCGAUACGACGGUGCUGCUGACGCAGCAUUUCCAGCAGGAGCGGCUAAACCACGGCCUGCAUGGUUUGUAUCCGAAGCACGUCGACUAUUGCGAGGUACUGUCGCUGCUGUUCGGCUCGAUGGGACAUGCGGCGGUCGUUGCAGCGAUCCAUACCUAUCCCGGAGUGCUGGCAGAUGAGUUAAUCAACUGGAUAUGGCCCCCGCUCUGCGAAAUGUUCUCCCCCUGGCUGAUUCCGUACUUCCCGCAGAACAUGAAAGGCCAGCAGCAGGUUGCCAACUGGAUCCAGCAGAUCGCAGGCAGUGGAUCGAUCCUGCCACCCUGGAGCGAGCUACACGCCGACACGGCCUUCCGAAUGAUCAAGGUGUUCGAACAGUGCCUACAGUACCUGCUGGAAACGUUCCCCUCGAGUAGUGCCGUGCUGGGACACGUUUUCUACUGGUACGAGCUCAACUUUGCUCAUCCCUCGGUGGCGCGUCACAUUGUCGUGCCGAUCCACUCUUGCCUAGCGAACCUGAGCUGGAGCAGAUUCCGACCGGCGCCGAUUCACAUCAGUGGGUUCAGUCGCAUCCUGCAGCAGUUCAUUCCCGAAGCUCACCAAUUCGUGGGUCAUAUCUUCUUACGCAUCGCCUGGACUCCGUGGCUGCAGCAGAACCUCACGCUUUGGGACUACGAGCUGCGGUACCAGAUGCUGUCAGCGCUGCUGAUGAUCUUCGUCAAGAUAUCGUACGAACCGAACGCGCGAGAGGGUCUCAAGAUUGUGAGCCUUCUCCAGGAAGCCUGCAACUACCCGUGGCAUCUGCUAGAGUAUCAGGGUGUGGAGGCUGUCCUGGAUUGGUUCGUUCUAUCGACCGAACCUUCAAUCGUCCUCAAAAUGCCCUCGGAGGGCGAAGUGAUAGACAGUGCCGUACUGGAUCUGUUACAGGUCGCCUGCGGCAUGAAGUUCAACCAGGGCAACCCGCUCGAGACGUCCAGUUUGCGGUCACAGGUUCAGGCGAAGCGCAUCUUGUACGUGAGAACCACAGCCAGACUGUUGAAUGCUUGCGGCGCCAAGUACCAGAAGUUGUUAGGGACGAAGCAGGGCAUGCAGGCAUUCCACAAUGCAGUUCUGGGAGUACUGAAUACAAUCGAGACCGUGCUGCUGCAAAUUCAGACCGCGAAAGAUCGAGAAUUUGAGGCGAAAAAUCUGACGGCGGAAGUGAUUGUAUCAUUACAAUCGCACGGAGAGAGCACAGCAAAAUUAUUCAUCGAAGCGAUCAUUCUGUGGACGGAAAACUGCCGCACCAGCGACAGUUACAUAAUCCCCUCGACACUGUGCUCCAUCGGGAUGUGCAAAAGCUUUACGCACAAUCUCUACUGGCUGGUGGAGGAGAUGCUGUUCCAUUACUUCAGUAAAUGCGCUCGCGAUCGAACCUCGAACGCGGGUCAGGUAAUACUAGAUGCCACGUGGGCGGAAUCGUUACGAAAAAUAGGUCCCGGAACGAUCAAGGGUUUCAACGAAGAGGCACUGGUGAAGAACCGAUUCCUGCUAGUGUACCAUUUGCUUGUGUUGCAGCGACUGCAGGAAGCGCACAGCCCCGGGGAAAAGAUUCUGGUGUUGCAGAAACUGUUCAAAACGCUGGAGGGACUCAAAAUGAGCGACCAAAGCGAGGCCAAGCAGAUCAUGUUGUGGGGCCUCAUGGUGGUGGUCGGUGUUAAAAUCCUGAUUGCAUCUUCCGACGGUCAGAACCAUCUGCUAACGUUGGCACGUUACCUGCAGAACAGUUCCCGGGACACCGAAGGCUGGGGUGAGGGCCUCCUGGGAGCGAUCGGUAUUCGGAAGGACGGAACCAGCGUUCGAUUGAAGGUGGUGGCCAAGUGUCUCUCCUGUGUGGUGUUCCUUCUAUUUGGCGAGGAUUCAGCCGAUGUGUGCGAAGCCACCGAAGGACCGAUCUCGAUCGAUGCGUCCAAUCGGUGCAAGGAAUACGUGCAAGCCGUGGCCGAUUUGAGCCAGACGCUCACCAAUAAAAGGUAUGCCGAAAUGCACGUGAAAACUCGUGCCGCAAUCAAUUUGUUCGAGAACACGGUCAUGGUUGCGAACAUAUCGGCGAAUGUGUGCAAUAUUUUGCGACUGUUCUGCGAUGAGUCUUUUUUCCGCUCGGUGGAGGAUGUUUGGAAGCCAUAAUAGACAAUUUUUAAGUUUGAGGUGUUUCUCUAUUUCUCUGGAGAAAAGAAAAGAUUUUCAUAUAUUGCUUUUUGGGAUGAAACCUCAAGCUAGUUAUUAUUAAUAUAUACAACUACGCCUCGGGAGGCUGUACACAAAA